UCCCCGGUGGCCCCGGGCGGGGCGGGGCGAGCCGAGCCCCCGGCGGCGGCCGUCGCGCCGUCACGUGGGCCCGCAGCUCCGCUCCCUGCGCGCUCCGCCAUGGCUGCGGCGGCUGCCGCCGGCUCGGUGCUGCUCUGCCUGCUCGGCCUGGUGCUGCCCGGCGGCAGCACGCUGCACACCAAGGGCUCCGUGCCGCUCGACACCAUCACCUUCUACAAGGUUAUUCCAAAGCAUAAGUUUGUCCUUGUGAAGUUUGACACACAAUAUCCCUAUGGUGAGAAACAAGAUGAGUUUAAAAAGCUGGCAGAGAGCUCAGGCUCCAGUGAGGAUCUGCUGGUGGCUGAAGUGGGAAUAUCAGAUUACGGUGAUAAACUGAACACUGAGCUGGGAGAGAAGUACAAGCUGGACAAGGAAAAGUUCCCUGUUUUUUACUUGUUCCAGGAUGGUGACUUUAACAAUCCCUUACUUUAUGGUGGUGAAAUCAAGGCUGGAGCUAUUCAGCGCUGGCUGAAGAGUAAUGGCAUCUACCUGGGGAUGCCAGGCUGCCUGAAGGAGUAUGAUGUGCUGGCCAGCAAAUUUGUGAGCACCACAGAGAAAUCUGAUCGCCAGGCCCUGCUGAAAAAGGGCCAGGAGAAUUUAGGAAAAGCAAAAGAAACUGAGAAGAAAUCAGCAGAGCAAUACUUGAAAAUUAUGAGCAAGAUCCUGGAGCAGGGAGAGGAGUUUGCUGCUAACGAAGUCGUCCGAAUCACAAAGCUGAUCGAGAAGAACAAGAUGAGUGAUGGAAAGAAGGAGGAGCUCCAGAAAAGCCUCAACAUCCUCGCUUCUUUCCUGAAGAAGAAUAGUGAAAAAGAUGAGCUCUGAUGUGUUGGAGAACUCUCUACAAGCUGUGAAACAUUGUCAAGAGUCCUAACCAGUUCUCCUUAAUGCAAGCAAACUUCCCGCUGACUUCAAGAGGGCAGCAGAUUUCCUUCUGGGAUUCUCAGUUUAGAAGAUCCAAGAGGAAGACAUUCCUUAAAAACACAGUAUUCUAAAGGUUGGAAAAAUCACCUAAGAGCAAGACACCAGUAUUGUGUAAUAAUAUCCAAUAACAGUGUUAAAGCAGGCAACAAAAAAAAAAAAGAAAAAAAGCUCUAGAUUGGCCAGAAGCUCAUUCCUGGUGGUUUUUACAGCUGU